GAGUAUGCAUUUGGUUAUCGGUGAUGACUCAAACUUGCAACGCGGGGAGUUUGGCAGAGCUGCGAAUUGCAGGCCAUAUAUACACCACCUGUCUCACGAUAUUUAACCAAAUCAUCAAGUAAAGAGCACCUUAAGUAGGUUGUUAAGGCUUAUAUAGGAUACUCUUAGCGAUACUCUUAGCUACGUCCUUCACAAGGCUUAGUUGGUAUGAAAUAUGCUUACGCCUGUGGUAUGCUUACACAAAGCGCGAUAUUAACGCGUCACAGGCCAAAGAGGAGUAGGAUCGAACCAGAUAAAUACGACCAAGGCAAAUAACAGAUACUAGUUAAAAUGCCUCAAAACGUUUACGACCGACAAGAUUUCUUCGAGAGCUAUAUCAAGCUAGACCGCCAAGUUAAGGGGCUUCAAGGUGCGCCGGAAUGGCCGCAACUAAAAUCAAUGCUUCCGAAUCUUAAUGGUCUCGCCGUGCUUGACCUAGGCUGUGGGUUUGGUUGGUUCUCUCGGUUUGCGAGAGAGAACGGCGCAGAAUUUGUUCGCGCGAUUGAUAUCUCUGAGAGGAUGCUUGAAAGAGCUCGAGAAAUGACUAGCGACGACAAGAUCCAAUACGAAAGGGCCAAUUUGGAAGAACUAAGAUUGGCGGAAGGUCAAUACGAUGUCGUCUUUAGCUCGCUGGCUUUUCACUAUAUCGUGAACAUUGCUGGCUUGAUUAAAGAGAUAGGUAUCGGACUAAAGUCAUCGGGACGCUUGGUAUGUUCCAUCGAGCAUCCGAUAUAUACAGCGCCGUCAAGACCUAGAUUUAUAGUGGAUGAGGAGACAGGUAGCAAGUCAUGGCCGUUAGAUGACUAUCAAAAAGAAAGAUUGAGAACGACUAAUUGGUUGGCGCCGGGGAUCCAGAAGCAGCAUAGAACGAUCGGAACCUAUAUUAGCGCCAUGCUGAGAAAUCAUCUUCAGCUUACGGAUUUUAUAGAAUGGUGUCCAACGGAAGAGGAAUUAAAACGGUUUCCUACAAGAGAGAGUGAGGUAGUGAGACCUACGUUUUUGUUACUAGGUGCAACAAAAUGACCUUGUACUCAAUGGAAAGGAACAAGAGAUUAUGUCAAUUUGAAUAGAUGCAUGCGGCUAUGAAAAUGGGUUAUGGAAG